GGCGAGGAGGAUUGAUCGAUCGAUCGAAGGAGAGGGCAAGAAAAGCUUUGCCCUAGAGGAUGGAAUGAGAGAUUUGUGCACGAAUUUGCUCUCGGAUGGGAGAGAGCAACGAGUGCAAGUGAAGGAUCAGGCAGCGAACACGCGGCAUUCUCCCUGCUCGGUGGCUGAUCCUCCAUUCAUUCAAAGCUUCCCAAUAAAACCCCCAAAAGGGAUUUGUUCUUGCUAGGGUUUUAGAGCAUAGCGUCGAUAGCGCGAUGGAGCGAUCGCGCCAUGGAGUGCAUUUUAAUCUCGCGCUCGCCCUCGCAUUUCAUCUACCGGAUGGAGCGCCAGCGAGAUCGGGACGAGUUCUGCGUGAAAUCUCGGAGGGAUCGAUCAUGGACGCUAUCGCCCAUGAAUAUAUCCAUCCAUCCAAGCCAUGCCAAAGCUGGGCGCGCGUGGCAAGCAAUGCAGGGAUCAAAACCACAAGGAAUACGACAAAGCUUGUACCGAGACUCUCAAGAAGAUUCUCGCGGGCAAGUUUGUGGCCUUGCAGAAGGUGUCGUUCAUAUCAGCGACCGAGCUCGGGAUACUAGCAGCUCCAGCGCUGGGGUCUGGGAGGCCGAGCGCAAGCUUCUUUCCUCCGCGUUCCAUACGGUUGCAAGCCGCCUGGUAGGAUGGGAGCGAUCUGGCUACUUGAGCACAGGCAGCUGCAACGAGGCGAUCAAGGAGCUCCUGCGUGUCAUGCACACGGGUUUGCAGAUCAUCCCGAGCUCCUCGGGAAGCAGGAAAGGAUGGAAGGUCAGGACGCUGUUUAUCGAGGAAGAAUUCAAAUUCGUGCUCCAGCAGCUCCGGGAUCUCACACACCUGGUGAGUGUUUUGCUGCUGGGAGACGAAGAUCUUCCUCACGUCAGUAAAUACCAUGUCAGAGUGAUGACUAUGGUUUCGGUUGCUGAUAUGGAUGGUCUACGCAGUGAACUAGAGAAUGCUGCAGCUCUGGACAAGGGCGUCGUUCUAGAAAAGCUGAGCAAACGGCGAAGGGGGUAUGAGGAGCUCAAAAGGAUCAUGCUUUGGGAAGGUGACCGAGGGAAGCUCGAGAUCAACCACAGGCAACUGGUGUUGGGAAAACUCAUCGGCUCUGGCACUUUCGGGCUGGUUUACGAAGCGGGUUGGCUCGAUCAAAUUGUUGCCGUGAAGAUAUUCAGGCCGGGAGAUUACAGCUUCGAGAAGGAGUUUACUGCCUUGGUAACGUUGCAGCAGCAUCCCAACGUUGUCAGCAUCAUCGGCUUCACGCGUGAUGUCGAAGGCAAGCAGUACUCAAUCGUCAUGGAGAGGAUGAGUAUGGAUCUGGAGAAAUUUAUAGGCGAGCAUAAGGGGGCUGCAGGAGUUCCACUCGUCACGGCAGUGUCGAUUAUGUUGCAGAUAGCGGAAGGGAUGGCAUUCUUACACUCGAAGAAUGUCAUACACAGGGAUCUCAAGCCGCGUAACAUCCUUGUCAAGUACUUGGAAGUUGGGAUCCUCACAAAGAUCUCGGACUUUGGCACGGCCAAAACGAACUUCUCUACGUCUCAAGCUGCGAGUGCCACGGUUGGAGUUGGCACAAAGAUUUACCGAGCACCAGAAGUCUUCCGCUCUGAGAACACGGACGAGAAGGCAAAGUACUCGAAGAAGGCAGAUGUUUACAGCUUUGCAAUCAUCUGCUGUUACCUGGUGACCGGAAGGCUGCCGUUCGAAGACAUCAUCGAAAGGAUUGACUUUGCGAUACUGGUCUGUGCUGAAAACAAGCGUCCGCAGCUACCUGUGGACUGCCCGGAGGAGCUAACGACACUUAUCCGGAGGUGCUGGAACCGUAAUGCCGAGGAGCGGCCAACUUUUGGAGAGAUCUGUGACCGUUUGAAGCGUCUACGAUCGCUUGUGCUAAGCGGAAGAAGCUGCUGGUACGAAGCCUUUGACAGCCAACUUGGAACGAGCUCUCGAGUCAGGACGUUCUCACAGCCGGAAAUCGCAGAGGCCUUGACGAGAAACGAGAGCAAAUGGAGCGAGGGAUCAGCUUACCGGGGAAGACUGGUCACUGGAGAGGAGGUGGCUGUGGAAGUCUUGCCAUCGGGCAUUGUGGAGGCCGAGCUCAACUUCUUUUGUCGAGUCAACCAUCCAAACAUCUUGAAGCUCAUCGGCUAUUGCAACGAGGGAGGACGAUUCUCGACCGUGAGCGAGUACAUCACGCAGGGAAGCCUCAUUGAGCACCUCCAUUUUGGGCACAGAUACAACAGUGUUUCACUAGACUGGACGCGAAGAAUUGAUACUGCUAUAGGAGCUGCAAGAGGACUUUAUCACUUGCAUGAACUCGAGAUAGUUCAUGGCAACGUCCACCCAAUCACCGUGUUCUUGAGUGGAGACAACUCAGAGGGAAAGAUCAAGUAUCCAUUGUCGUUAGAAGCGCCGCAGUACGAGGACUACGCUGAUCCAGCCGGAGUUCUAUCCACGGAGAGCGAUGUGUACAGCUUUGGGGUGGUAAUGCUGAGGCUAGUGACAAUCCAGGCCGCGAAGCAGCUCCUCAAGAACAGCUUUACGAAGCGCGGCGUCCAACACUUCAUAGAAACGCAUGUGGAUCCGGAGCUGCUGGUUCCAGAGCACAGGGCGAAACUCAACUGGUACCUUGAGCUGGGGAUGAGGUGCUUGGCACCGGAAGUCUCUCACCGUCCUUCAAUGCGUGAUAUCGUCCUCCUGCUGCUGGACAUUCGAAAGUGGGGUAAUCGAGCAAAUUGAAUUGAUCAAAAGAGAAGUAGCAACAUUUCGCAGGAGCUCCAAAACUGUGACAAAUUGUAUAAGAGAUUUGCAAUGUGUACUUCUCCUGGAGACGGGAUCGUCUCGCGCGCUUUGCCUUGACCCACGCGGGCUCCUGAAAGAUUAAAAACAAUGUGAGCGAGAGAGCUCCAUGACCAGUGAAGUACGCACCUCAGGAACAAAGCACUUGAAACCAAA